CCAACAAGAAAACCCGAAUCGGACUCAACUUAGAAGAUCAAAAAUAAAAAUUAUGCUAAUAACGUAAAAUAAAAUAAAAAGAAUAAAAACUACUAAAAGUCUAAAAUAUCUCUAACUUAACGUGAAACAUAAUCUUUGAACCACUCGGGUUUCCUUGCGCGCCUCGUCGACCGUCGCGGUUCCUCCCUCGCGACCUCCUCCUCGUCGUUGCUGUCCCCUUCGUGAUCUCUUAUCGCCUCUGGCAGCUUUGCUUCAGGUUGAGGCAAUGCGUAGAUGAAAAAUCAUACGCGACGUAAAGAGUAUUUUGUGGACACCUUGCGAUUGGUCGACACUCAUCACACGUCGUUACUUACUGCACCAGUAAUAGAGACAUGAUGACCACGUGCUUCAGUUACCAUCUUCUCCAAACAAAAUCAUAACUCCAUUUUAUAUAUAUACAUGCAAACCCACACCAAGCUAGGCAGAUCAAAAAAUUAGAACAAGUUCUCAAAUCUAGUACUCCAUAUAUUAUUUUUCUCAGCACUACCAUUUAUUCCAUCCCACACUCACAAAUAUAAUUGAGUUAUUCUCUCUCUCUCUCUCUCUCUCUUGAUAUGGUGACAUUAGAAACAUCUUUACUUCCAUCAAAGCUAAGGCUAUCCAAUUGCCCUUCCUCUCUUCUUAUCACAAGGAAAGACAAGAAGAAAGAACUAGUAGCCAGGUUGGUGGGGCCUGCAAUUUUUGAAGCAUCAAAGCUUAAAGUUGUGUACCUAGGGGUUAACAAUAAUCAAGAAAAAAUGGAGCACCAAAAACUUCCAAGAACUUACACACUCACACACUGUGACAUCAUCUCUAAGCUCACUCUUGCAAUCUCACAAACCAUCAACACCUCUCAGGUGCAAGGAUGGUACAACAAAUUACAAAGAGAUGAAGUGGUGGGUGUUUGGAAGAAGAUCAAAGGAAAAAUGUCACUGCAUGUGCAUUGUCACAUUAGUGGUGGACACUUUCUUUUGGACUUUUUUUGCGAAGCUCAGAUAUUAUAUCUUCUGCAAAGAACUCCCUGUGGUUGAGCGGUGAUGUUGCGGCGGAUGUUGAGUUGAGCCUUAAGAAAUUCCGGAUGCGUCAUGUCUUCAUACAUAUGCGUCUCCCUUUGACUCUCUUGAAUACUUAUUUUUCCGCUGCCGUGUUUGAAAUAAAUUUCUAGAAGUCUUCCGCACUAUUAAUACUGUUUUAUGACAUUAAGUAUUUUGAGGCUAAAAUAUGUUGCUUAACUUUUCAAUAAACUAAAAUAUUUCUUUUUGAAGUUAAUUGGGUUUUUCAUAUUUGCGUCCCCCUUUUCUUCCCCGCUCCUUAGUCCCCCCUUUGUCACGUUUUCACCGUCUUCACUAUCCUUAGUAAGGGCGGUCGUGACAGUCUAUGACUAUUGUCACAUGC